AUGGCCGCUUAUUACACUGUUAAUCAGGCUGUUGGGGGCAAUCUAAUCUAUGUAGGCAAGCAUCAUUACAUCAGAGAAUUGUCCACAGAAAAAUGGAAAAAAGUUGAAAGCAAACUAGUAAAUGUAAAAGAACCAUGGGUUGCGAAAUGUGUCUACAGCUCCCCCUCCAACGGAGAUUUACUAGUUGGCGUAUUAAGAUAUGACUGGGAUAAAAAUAAAUCUACAAAGGCCAAGGUAGUGCGGUGUAUCAGUACAGGAAAAAAAUACAAACCCAAACAGGUCAUUGGAGACGAUAACACGGAUCAGAGACUGUAUGAAUGCCCUUUAUACAUCACCGAGAACCAUAACGGAGAUGUUAUUGUGUCUGACCAGAACCGUGCUGUAGUAGUGACCGAGUGUGGAGGCAAACAUUGUUACUCUUACACAGGACCUUCAUCAGAAGAACGAGAUGAUCUCUCCCUCACAGGUCCUCUGUCAAGGUCACGGCUAUUACCAUUAGGACUCUACAUUCUCUGGGUUGGAACAAGCGGUCACAAACAAGAAAUAUGCAUAUACAGAUACAUACAGAGAAAGAAUAUGGAGAGGAUCGACAAACAUUAUUAG